CGUUCCUUAUUUUCAGAGAUCAUGGCUGCAUUACCAUGUCAGUCAGUGACUGAUUCUCUGCAAGAUGACUUCCUGACCUGUGGUAUCUGCCUCGAGGUGUUCACAGAUCCCAGAAUCCUGCCUUGCCUCCAUACUUUUUGUUUCAAGUGCCUAUGCAUCCAUACUAAAUCUUUGAAGUCUUCUCACAGACCCCUGCUCUGUCCAGAGUGCCGUGAACCCUUUCCUGAAGAAAACGGUUUUGCAAAAAGCAACUAUUUUAUUAAUGGCCUCACAGAGUUAGUGAAAUGUAGAACUUCCACAGUGUGUAAAUGCACCCCUUGCAGUCUGCGUGACAAAACCUCCAGAGCAGAGAGAAAAUGUCUCGACUGUGGCGAUUUCCUUUGUUCAGCUUGCUCUCUAGGUCACAAUGCUUCCUCGCAAACACUGGGACACCAGAUUGUUACUCUCGUCGACCUACAAGAAGGAAAACACGAUACAAGGCUCAGAGAGUUGCAGAAAGUCAUGUGCCAGCAGCACCAGGACAAGCAUGUGGAAUACUUCUGUCAAACCUGCUCUCAGCCUCAUUGUAUAUCCUGUGUUCUGAUCAGCCACAGGGACCACCGCAUGCAGCCGAUCGCAGAAGCUGUACAGUGCAUUAGGUCCGUGAUUAAGGAAAAGGUUCAAGCUGUUCAUGAAGAUUUUCAGGAGAUUUCAAAACAAGAAAAUGAACUGUUAUCUUUGAACAAUGAUCUCGAAUCGAAGAAAGAAAUAAAGGAACGACUUAUUAAACAAAAUGCAAAACGUGAGAUUGACGAAGUACAUUCAAGGAAAAGUGUUUCAUUGAAAAAGCUGACAGAUGAAAUGGAAGCUGACCAGAAGGAACAGGAAACCAUGCUGCAGAAAGUGUUGCAACAGAAGGGUGUGAUGGGCAGCUGCGUGGACUUCUGUGACCACAUCCUGGAGAAGGCCAAAGAUGCUGAGUUGAUGAUGAUGGAACCCAUGGUGACUAGGAGGCUGCAACAACUUAAAGACCAAAGGUUGCUUUCUGAGAACAUUCUUCAACAGGAUGACAGGAUGGUCGAAAAUGAUGAGGCUUACACGAACAAACAAGUAACCAGUUACCUGAAGUCAGAAGAGACGCAUGAUGGCAAUCAUAAUUCUCAAACUGCUGUUCGUGGUCAACUUGAAUCGAAAGGCACUGCAAAAAAGAGCGUGCUCAAAUUUCAGAGAAAGUUUAAUACAAGAAAUAAAUCUGAUUUGAAGAUGCCUGACAUCAAAGGAAUGGCAUAUGGUUUAAAUAUUGGACUUGUCCUGUCAGACUUAGCCAAUAAAAAAAUAAAAGUCUUCAAUUCCAAUGGGGAAUUACGUCGAGAAAUCACGUGUGACAUGUUUGAACCAUUUGAUGUUGCUGUUGCCGGUAACAUCAUUGGAUCUGUCAGUGAGAAUUUCCUACUCAUCUUCACAUCAGAAGGUAGAAUGAAGACCAGAAUACAGUUGAAUAAAAAUAAAACAUAUGAAAGUCUUCCCUUCACUUACAGUCUCGCUGCAGCAGAACACGUGGGAUUCGUGGUUGGUAAUACUCCUGGUGACAACAGACUCCGGCUGUAUGGCCUGGACGGCACCUUCACCAGGUACGUCAACUGCCGCACGAGACCUCCCCUCGCAUCUCUCUCAGUCACUCCAGCAGGGGACGUAGUCAUCAGUGAAUGGGGAAGUGGCAGUCUGAGAUUACUGUCUAAGGAAGGUCUUGACAAAUGGCGGAGUGAGAAAUAUGAAUCUGGUUGGAACCCAAAUGGAAACUGUGUCUCUACUCAUGGAACUAUUUUUGUAGCGGAUUAUGACUGGGGUGGUGUGUGCGUCUACAGCCCUGAUGGUACAAACACUAUAGAUCACAGCACUGCGUGUGAUGGCUUAAUGAAUCCAUCUUAUGUAGCUGUUGAUGAAGAUGGGCUCCUGUUUGUUAGUGAUAAGAAGGGAAUUGUGAAUGUUUAUCGAAUAUGAAUCUUGUUGCUGUAUCUCUGAUAUGUGUUUCAAGUGGUUGCAAGGGAAGAAAGAUAUUUAAAAUGUGUAAUUGUAGAAUAUGUACUCUCCCGAAAGGUAAGGGAUAUUCGAAAAUAACAGAAGAUUACAGAAAUACAAAGAAAUAUCGAGUGAUGGAAAUGAAUGGAUAAGAAAACGGAAGGGCUAGGUGUAACAUGACAAUCAGCAGAACAUGACGGUGUAGUGUAAGGAUGCAAACAACCAAGGAAGACGACAGGGGUGUGCAGUAAAACAGUGAACGUUUGAGGUGACUCAUGUCCAAACGAUUGGUACAAAAAUGCUUUAAAAUGCGUGGCACGGUCCGAUUCAAUCUACCAGUGACAAUUUGAUGGGGUCUUGUCUACUGGCCAAGGUUCCGCUAAGCUAGUAUGUGGCCUUUGCCGUCGGCGCAUACGCCUCCCGAUCAAGUCCCAGACGUGCUCCAUGGGGGAAAGUUCAGGCCAUUGCAUUCUAGUAAUGCCAGGUGGCCAGUUAAGUGAACUAAAUGAUGUUAUCAGCUUGAAAGAACAAACACGGAUCCGGACUAGCGCCAGUGUGUUGUCUCGUUAGUACUGUCCAUUGACCCUUCCGCGAACAACAUGCAGUAGCGUUCUGGCAGUCACAGUGAUCAUAUAGUGUUGGUGGUGGUUCAACAUGUGGUCACGGAGCAUGCAGAUUAGCUGCAUGAAGGCGAUUUCUAAUCGUCCGUUUAGUAACUCUGGUGGCCUGGCGCAAGUGAACAGUGAUUUAACUGGCUGUUUGGGCUCGAUUCUUGAAGCAUGGUUUGUGAAUAAUCGAUCCUGGACUUGUGAUGUUGACUUAAGACGCCUUUGCGAGGCCCAUCUUUGACCUUCUGUGUCUGAAGAAGCCUACCCAAAAGUGUGCAAUUCACAGACUGAGAACAUUGAACAUAGUGAUACCAGUUCUACCAGUUUGAAGUAUGCCAAUAGCCCUAAGGCGUUCAUUUCGUUAUGGAAGACACUUUCCCAAUCUGGUCCCAAAAACUGGAUUUCUAAGCUUGUGAGCACCACUCACUCGGUAUGAAUCACUAUCAAAUAGUGAGGAUACCACAUCACUACAUGCACAGUUCCAUGCACAUCUCACGUCACGUGGACUUGCUUCACGUUACACAUACGUCACUCCACGUUACACAGAUUUGACAUUGCACAUAACACUCUUCACGUUACACAUACGUCACUCCACGUUACACAGAUUUGACAUUGCACAUAACACUCUUCACGUUACACAUACGUCACUCCACGUUACACAGAUUUGACAUUGCACAUAACACUCUUCACGUUACACAUACUGAACCUCACGUUACACAAAGUUAGCUUCACGUUACAGUACACAUGGUGGCAAUAUGAUGACGAUGCUUUUCCUUCCGGUUCAUCUCAUACAUAUGAACAACUGAACAAUGAGAAGAAAAUAUCUGAUAACACCAUUAAAAUACUAAGAUUAUUUCUUCGCUUUUGAGCAACAAUUUUUAUUGCUAUUUCACGUGCUGUUCUUAUGCAAACUACGUGAUUCUUUGUAUGACAUCAUAUGAAUCAAUAGUUAGUACCAUCUUGUGUCUCUAUUUGUUGAAGCCAUCGUGUAGGGUCAGGAUAUAUGGUAUCCAUUCAUACAAUUAUCACCUCUAUUUUGCUUGGAGCCCAAUCGAACCUGCUUCGCCGGAUAAUCAAGACUGAUAUUCUCCGGCAUUGACUUCUUAUAUUUACUGCUGAUGGAGCCUUUGGUCUCAAGUUCUCAUAAAAGCGCACAGGUGAAAUUUUCAAA